ACAAGCUGUCUUUGAUAAGUUUCUCAAAAGUAGUCAAAAUUAGGCUGUGAAAAUGUCGAACGCUAAGCUGGACAGUAAGGUCGUGCAGAACCUGAAGGACAUUGCCCAGAAGCUGCGGAUCCACUCGAUCACCUCGACGCAGGCGGCCAAGUCGGGUCACCCGACGUCCUGUGCCUCAUUGGCCGAGAUAAUAACGGUGCUGUUCUUCCAGCAGAUGCGCCUGAAUAUGAAGCAUCCUCGCGAUCCCUCCAGCGAUCGAUUGGUGCUAUCCAAAGGACACGCUGCGCCCAUCCUGUACGCCGCCUGGGCGGAGGCAGGACUCUUUCCGGUGGAGGAGCUGCGGAAUCUGCGCAAGGUGGACAGCGAUCUUGAGGGCCAUCCCACUCCGCGGCUGAGUUUCAUCGAUGUGAGCACUGGAUCCCUGGGACAGGGCAUCUCCGUGGCCGCCGGCAUGGCCUAUGUGGGCAAAUACCUGGACAAGGCCGACUAUCGCACCUAUGUGAUUGUGGGCGAUGGCGAGGCCAGCGAAGGAGCCGUCUGGGAAUCGCUCCACUUUGCCGGCCACUACUGCCUGGACAACCUGUGCGUCAUUUUCGACAUGAACAAGUUCUUCUGCUCAGACAUUGGCACUGAACUGGAGGUCUACCGGGAGCGGUUGGACGCCUUCGGCUUCAAUGCCCUAGUCCUGAAUGGCCACGAUAUUGACGAGCUGGUCAAGGCCUUCUUCAAUGCGGCCAGCACCAAGGGCAAGCCCACGGCUCUGCUGGCCAAGACGGUUAAGGGAAAGGACUUUCUGGCCAUCGAGGGAGUCGACGAAAUGCAUGCCCAGCCAUUGGGCAAGCGGGCCGAGGCUGCGAUCAAGCACUUGCAGAUGAAAAUCGCCAAUCCGAAUGUGCGCCUGUCGCCCAAAAAGCUGGGCAAGUGCGGCCACGCCCCCGAGGUGCAUAUCAACAACAUACGGCUGUGCAGUCCGCCCAAUUAUCGGCUGGGAGAUGCGGUGGCUCCACGUUUAGCCUACGGAACCGCACUGGCCAAGAUCGCGGCCGACAACUCCCGGGUCAUAGCCCUCGAUGGCGACACAAAGAACUCCACGUACGCGGACAAGAUGCGGAAUGCGUUUCCGGAGCGCUUCAUCGAGUGCUUCACGGCGCAGCAGAAUCUGGUGGGCGUGGCCGUGGGAGCAACCUGUCGCCGACGCACUGUGGCCUUCGUCUCCACGUAUGCCACCUUCUUCACCCGGGCAUUCGAUCAGAUCCGCAUGGGCGCCAUUUCGCACACGAAUGUGAACUUCGCGGGCUCCCACUGCGGCUGCAGCAUUGGUGAGGAUGGUCCAUCCCAGAUGGGACUGGAGGACAUAGCCAUGUUCAGGAGCAUUCCCGGUAGCACGGUCUUCUAUCCCACGGAUGCGGUUAGCACGGAGAGGGCGGUGGAACUAGCUGCUAAUACGAAGGGCGUGUGCUUCAUCCGCACCACGUAUCCGAACACCACGGUGAUCUACAACAAUGACGAGGUGUUUGCCGUGGGAAUGGGCAAGGUGGUGCGCCAGAAGCCCUCGGAUGAGGUGCUCCUGAUUGGAGCCGGUGUCACACUGUACGAGUGCCUAGCCGCAGCGGAGAGAUUGGAGGAGGACUGCAUCACGGCGCGCGUGCUGGACCCCUUCACAGUGAAGCCCCUCGAUGUGCAACUAAUCUUGAAGCACGGAAAACUGUGCCAUGGGAGGAUCGUGGUGGCCGAGGAUCACUACCAGCAAGGCGGACUGGGCGAGGCGGUGCUCAGUGCCUUGGCCGACUAUCGCAACUUUGUGGUCAAGCAUCUCUAUGUGACCAAUGUACCGAGAUCAGGUCCUCCCGCCGUUCUGCUGGACAUGUUUGGUGUCUCUUCCAGGAACAUCUACAAAGCUAGCGUGGCCAUCAUGAAGAAGUGAGCAGUUUGUGAUGACCUAAGGUCAAGCAUAUACAAAUUUAGAGGUGGCACUUUCCAAAUUCAAGCUCUAUCUGUAUCGCGAAUGUUUCAAUAACUCCCCCAUUUUGCAAAUUAAAAAUGUGAUGCUGUUUUAUAUUCAGCUUGUCGUGCAACCACUCCUUAAUCAACUAUUCCUUUAUAAAGUCAAAA